AUAAGGAAAUCGAGAGAGAGGAUAUAGCCGAAGAAAGAAUAUAAAGAAACAAUUGUAUUUAGGAAUUUGACUUCGGGAUUGGAACGAUUUACAGGAAUUUGGUUAUGCAACUCGAUGAUGUUCUUCAGGACGAAGAACAAUUCGUCAAAUCGCAACUUUGUUUUCUUCUCACAUCUCCAACACUCUCACUAAAUCUUUAUGUCCAUUCAGCUUUGAAGCAUUGAAUCGAUUUGUUUUGUUUUCGUGCGUGAUGCAUCGUUCUUUAAUCGCUACAUCGUCAGGUUUCAUGUGGCAAAUUUGAUUAUUCGUUCUGGCGUUCUUUUUUCUUUUUUUGACAAAUGUGCUGCUGAUUUUGUUCGAAAGUGUAUGUAGAGGAUUUCUAUCGGUUUUCCAAUAGAAAUUUAUUGCAACCAAUCAUCGAAUUGAAAGUUUCACGACGGCGUCGUCUGUGGAAUUGCGUGGUUCUGACUGUUUGGUAGGUCUGGAGUGUUUUCUUAAAGUUGUUAGGGCCCUCGGUAUGGGAUCGUGCCUCUCUGGGGACCGCAAUAAUCACGCGAUCCCUUAUUCUGAGAUCGCUUCCACUUCUCGUGGUGAUGGCGUUGUUACCAGAAGCAACUCCAAUAGGAAGAUUACGAAAAAGAGUUCUUCUCCCUCUAUUGACUCUCCAAGGGAGAUGUCGCUUCAUCGAGUUCCUGGCCGGAUGUUUUUGAAUGGAUCAACUGAUCAUGCCUCGCUCUUUACUAGGCAAGGCAAGAAAGGCAUCAAUCAGGACGCUAUGAUUGUUUGGGAGAAUUUUGGUUCAAAAGCAGAUACAAUAUUUUGCGGAGUCUUUGAUGGACAUGGUCCUUUCGGCCAUAUGGUUGCAAAGAAAGUCAGAGACUCUCUUCCUCUAAAACUGAGUGCACAAUGGGAAUUGGGAUGUCAAGUCUCUCCACCAGUGCUGGUUAAUAAGGAUUCUGGAACCUCUCGGUGCGAUCCUGGUCGUCUGGGCAGUUCCAAUGACAUUCAUGUCAUGUUGAAAGAGUCUUUUCUGAAGGCUUUUAAGGUGAUGGACAAGGAGCUUAAACUACAUCCAUAUAUCGAUUGCUAUACCAGUGGUACAACAUCAGUUGCUUUGAUCAAACAGGGUCGGGAUCUUAUCAUCGGAAAUGUCGGGGACUCGAGGGCUGUUUUAGGUACCAGAGAUCAAUCGAACUCCCUCAUUGCAGUUCAGUUGACUGUGGACCUCAAGCCAAAUCUUCCAAGAGAAGCUGAAAGGAUCAGACUUUGCAAAGGAAGAAUCUUUGCUCUUCGAAAUGAACCCGAGACUUUUCGGGUUUGGCUUCCCGACAGUGAUUCUCCUGGCCUUGCUAUGGCCAGAGCCUUCGGAGAUUUCUGUUUGAAAGACUUUGGCUUGAUAGCCGUCCCUGAUAUUUCUUGUCAUCAUCUUAAUGAGAAAGAUGAGUUUGUUGUACUGGCUACCGAUGGGGUUUGGGAUGUACUUUCAAACGAAGAGGUUGUGGCAAUUGUCGCAUCUUCUCCAAGAUCCUCUGCAGCUCGUAUCGUUGUGGACACGGCUUCUCGAGCAUGGAGAUCGAAGUACCCUACUGCCAAAGUGGAUGAUUGUGCCGUAGUCUGCUUGUACCUGGACUCUAGUGAGAGUGCUACAGUGACAACUAAGGAGCAGCAGGAGCUCACCAAAGACAUGGAAACUUAGUAGUUCUCUCAGCUUGCUCGUCGUCGUUCUAUCCCCCGAAACCUUUGAUUGCCGCGCUUCAUCAGGCGAGUUUUGAAAAUAGAGGAAAAUCUUUAUUUUCAUUAUUAUGGCCAUAUUUCCUCUUCAUUCUUUAAACCAUUGAUUGAUAUAUAUAUAUAUGUGUUACACAUGUAUAUUUCUUUGAUAUGUUUAUGAAGUGUUGGGGAACAGUACUGCUGGUGGUCA